AUGGUGCUUGCUAAAUCCAAAAAUACCGUGGGGCUGGGUAACAGCCUCAUGAAUGACCGCUUCGGAAAAGGAAAAUCCUCAAACCAGAAGAAGGCCUCGCACAAUGCUAUUGCGCGAAAGAACAUGGACGGCGAAACCUACGUCACCAACGAGGCAAAGGAGGCAUCGUGGGUGAAGAUGCGCUCUAUCACUGAGCAAGCUGCCCUCGAUGAGUUCCUCAGCACUGCUGAACUUGCUGGUACCGACUUCACUGCCGAAAAAAUCAACAAUGUGAAGAUUAUCCACUCCGAUCAGAAGAACCCCUACCUCUUGUCUGCCUCUGAGCAAAAGUCAGCCAGACAGAAACAUCAGCAGAAUAAGGGUCGGUUGACGGUGCCGAGACGACCCAAGUGGGAUGCGUCGACAACACCCCAGCAGCUGGAGAAGAUGGAACGCGAGAGCCUGCUGGACUGGCGUCGCGGACUAGCCGAGCUGCAGGAGAAUAACGAUUUGCUGAUGACCCCAUUCGAGCGUAACUUGGAGGUCUGGCGUCAGCUGUGGCGUGUCAUCGAGCGAUCGGACCUUGUUGUCCAGAUUGUCGAUGCGCGAAACCCGCUCCAGUUCCGGUCCGAGGAUCUCGAGAAAUAUGUCAAGGAGAUUGACCCGCGAAAGAAGAACUUGCUUUUGAUUAACAAGGCGGAUAUGUUGACCGACAAGCAGAGAGAGGCGUGGGCCGAGUACUUCGAGACGCACAAGAUCAACUUCCGUUUCUUCUCCGCUCACCUUGCCAAGGAAAAGCUUGAGGCGGAACUUUUGAAGGAGUCCCAAGAAAAUGCCAGUGAGGAUGAGGACGAGAGUCUUGCCGCAUCAGCACAGAAAUUAGACGUGGAAGACGAAGCGCCCGAGAAGGCGGAGGAAGCCUCUGCCGAGGCCAAGGAGGCUCACGCAAAGCUUGUAGACCCCGAUCAAUCACUCGGAGCACACAUUCUGGAUGUGGAAGAGCUUGAAGAGCUAUUCUUGGUCCACUGCCCAGAGACAGUGCAAGACCAGGAUCCGGCUAAUCCCCCAAAGCAGAAGACCACUAUUGGUCUUGUCGGAUACCCCAACGUGGGUAAGUCUAGCACAAUCAACGCACUCCUUGGUGCCAAGAAGGUGUCCGUCUCUGCUACUCCCGGUAAAACCAAGCACUUCCAGACGCUCUACCUGUCGCCAGAGAUUCUUCUGUGUGAUUGCCCCGGUCUGGUGUUCCCCAACUUCGCCUCUACCAAGGCCGAUCUGGUCGUAAACGGUGUGCUGCCAAUCGAUCAGCAGCGUGAGUUCACAGGUCCUGCCGGUCUAGUCGCCCAGCGUAUCCCCAAGCACUUCUUGGAAAGCGUAUACGGUGUGAAGAUCAUCAUCCGACCCACCGAGGAGGGUGGAACCGGUAUUCCCACUGCCAGCGAGCUCUUGCGCUCAUAUGCUCGUGCUCGUGGUUUCUCUACACAAGGUCUGGGUCAGCCCGACGAGUCGCGUGCUGCGCGAUACGUUCUCAAGGAUUACGUCAACGGAAAGUUCGUUUUCGUCCAGCCUCCUCCGACGGCAGAGGGAGAGCCAACCAUCGACCCACACGAGUUCAACGUCGAUCUUUAUGACCAAGCUCAUCUCCCUGUGAAGCGUCAGGCUCAGAUCGCCGCCAAAACCGUUGGAGACGUCGAUGAGGAUGACUUGGAUGUAGACAUCUCGUCUUUCAUUUCCAAGGAUUCCGGCGCAGACCGUCAAGGCCCGCGAUCCCGUAACAUCGACAAUGGUUUCUUUGGUACUGCCACCGGCCCUUCCGCUGGACGCAUUUCCCUUCCUUUUCAAGCCCAGUAUACAGCGCAGGGCCAAGAGCUUCGCAAAGCGCCCACUGGCCGUAAGGAGCGUAUGAUGAUCGCUUUAGAUCGGGGCGUGGAUGUUUCUGAAGUUAGAAACUCAGGAGGCAAGAAGCACUUCAAGGGAAACAAGAAGCGUGCGAAGGGCAAGCGCAACAACGGCGAUGAUGAUGACUACAAUUAA